AUGCAAGGUAUGGAUAGCAAUGUUUUGGUGGGGAUUCCGUCUCUAGCGUUUGUUCUUUAAAACGCAGGGAACAACCGAACUCUGACCAAUCAGCACGGCUUUGAAUGUGGGUGUGGUUUUGCACCAUGUUUGGCGUGGAUGAAAAGGACACUGCUCUGCCUCCUCAAUUGUAAUGACUAGUUUGUUCCUCACUGCUGUUGAUAUGCUGGAUGAACAACACUGUAGUUCAAUUCUGUCCAAAUGACAGUUUGUGUUGAAGUGGGAUCCAGUGGGGUCUUAACAGCUGCUGUGUCAGCAUACAGCAGCAGCUGGGUAGGGUGUUAAAUUACUGGUCCUAUAGCUCAUCUUCUGGCCGAGGGGACUGACUGUCCAUCCAUGCCUGGCCCAGUAGCCCCAUUUCCAUAGUCCCCCAGAGGCCUCGUCAUCCUCGAUCACUAGCCCUUCUUUCCCUCGUGGGCAUGGGACUUGUCACACUGGGAAUUCUGCUCAGAGUGAAUUAAGUGCUACUACUGCUGAAAGCAUAAUGUGUCGCUCCCCUAGGGCCCAGGGGACACAUUAGGGAAAAUGCAGACUAGUGGUUUCAUAACAGAUUAAGCUAGCUAGUAGUUAUAUAGAGCCCAAUGGAGCCUAAUUGAAUGGAAUUUAGUGAUUAUCUGGCCUCCUAUUAAAUUACAUGAUGCAAGUUACAUGGAACAUGCUGUAAUGGAUUAUGAGCAAUACUUUUUUGUUUUAGGCAUUGGAAUAGGUGACGUUAGAUUGAUGUAAUUUCACUCCACAUGUCCAACAGUGUGUUGCCAGUAUUCAACAAGCACAACUGGAGCAGUUUCAACAACUCUGACUCCUAUUAUUCAUCAGUGGAGGGAAUUAGAGCAGAGAAAAGCCUCCACUCCUGGAGAAUUGGGUUCAACCAGAGUCCCAAUGGCUCAGUAACAGUGGGGAAUGUGUGGGGGAUUGACAGCAUGCUAGCUAAGAGGUUCAUACAGGGAGAGAUGGCCUGACUGGAAAGGCUUGUGUGUGUGUGUCCACUCCACCACCACCCUGUCCUUCUGCAGCCUCAGCCUGUCCUGUUAUGUUUAAUGUAUGGCUGUGAUAAACACAAGCUCACUCUCCACUGUGUUUGUGUGUGCGUGUCCAGGCUGCUCCCUCCGUCACACACACUUCCGUCUCCACAGCUAGAAGAGGAGGGUUGACUGUUGAUUUGUGGAACAGAUGAUUUGCUCCUGCUGCAGCUGUGUUCCCUCCUCCUCCUCCUCCUCCUCUCUGCACCACUGGACAAGACAACACUGUCUAUACUUUAGCCACCACGGGAUUGUAGUCAGGUACACUAUAUAUACAAAAGUAUGUGGACAGCCCUUCAAAUUAGUGGAUUUGGCUAUUUUAGCCAUACCUCUUGCUGACCGGUGUAUAAAGCACACAGCCAUGCAAUCUCCAUGGACAAACAUUGGCAGUAGAAUGGCCUUACUGAAGAGCUCAGUGACUUUCAACGUGGCACAGUCAUAGGAUGCCACCUUUCCAACAAGUCAGUUCGUCAAAUUUCUGCCCUGCUAGAGCUGCCCCGGUCAACUGUAAGUGCUGUUAUUGUGAAGUGGAUACGUCUAGGAGCAACAACGGCUCAGCCGCGAAGUGGCAGGCCACACAAGCUCACAGAACGGUACCGCAGAGUGGUGAAGCACAUAGCUCACUACCGAGUUCCAAACUUCCUCUGGAAGAAACGUCAGCACAAGAACUGUUCGUCGGGAGCUUCAUGAAAUGGAUUUCCAUGGCAGAGCAGCCGCAUACAAGGCUUAGAUCACCAUGCGCAAUGCCAAGCGUCGGCUGGAGUGGUGUAAAGCUCACCGCCAUUGGACUCUGGAGCAGUGGAAACGCUUUCUCUGGAGAGAUGAAUCACGCUUCACCAUCUGGCAGUCCGACAGAUGAAUCUGGGUUUGGCGGAUGCCAGGAGAACGCUACCUGCCCCAAUGCAUAGUGUCAACUGUAAAGUUUGGUGGAGGAAUAAUGGUCGGGGCUGUUUUUCAUGGUUCGGGGUAGGCCCCUUAGUUCCAGUGAAGGGAACUCUUAACGCUACAGCAAACAACGACAUUCUAGAUGAUUCUGUGCUUCCAACUUUGUGGCAACAGUUUGGGGAAGGCCCUUUCCUUUUCCAGCAUGACAAUGCCCCCGUGCACAAAGCGAGGUCCAUACAGAAAUGGUUUGUCGAGAUCGGUGUGGAAGAAUUUGACUGGGCUGCACAGAGCCCUGACCUCAACCCCAUCCAACACCUUUGGGAUAAAUUGGAACACUGACUGCGAGCCAGGUCUAAUCGCCCAACAUCAGUGCCCGACCUCACUAAUGCUCUUGUGGCUGAAUGGAAGCAAGUCCCCACAGCAAUGUUCCAACAUCUAGUGGAAAGCCUUCCCAGAAGAGUGGAGGCUGUUAUAGCAGCGAAGGGGGGACCAACUCCAUAUUAAUGCCCAUGAUUUUGGAAUGAGAUGUUCGACAAGCAAGUGUCCACAUACUUUUGGUAAUGUAGUGUAUUAGCCUUGGUUUUUCCCCUCAGGUUUUUAAAACACAAAAUUUAACACGAAGUGCAAAGCCAGUGAUUUAACAUUAGAGACAAAUAUAGCUUUUUUUACUCUGCUUUCUCUGCUUUUUUACUACAUUGAAUGGAAUUGAAAGUGCUGUAGUACUGGAAUUGAAAAUUGUUGUACUACAUUAUCGAGCUUUUAUGACUUUCUCACCCUAGGCCACAGGCCUGUUUUUAUAAGGAAUUCAUUCAUGAUGAGUACAUCCUUGUUCGUUCUUUCACCUUAUGAGAUCAUGUGUUUUGCAUGUCUCUCCCAUGGCCUCAUCUGUGUUUCCCUGUUAUGACUGGUAACUAUUAUGACAGAUGGUCCGUAUCUCUCUGUAGAGAGACGGUGGAGGAGCGGCAUUGGUUAGUAGCUAGAUAUUCUUCCUUGGUGUGUAGAGGCCUGGCGUAUUGCAAUGUUACAGAUACACACUCGGAGUGUAAAGGUUGCUUAGAACUACAUACAUUACCGGUCAAAAGUUUGGACACACCUACUCAUUCAAGGAUUUUACAUGAUUUAAAAAAAAAAAUUACAUUGUAGAAAAAUAGUGAAGACAUCAACUAUGAAAUAACACAUGGAAUCAUGUAGUAACCAAAAAAGUGUUACACAAAUCAAAAUAUAUUUUAUAUUUGAGAUUCUUCAAAUAGCCACCCUUUGCCUUGAUGGGCUCCCGAGUGGCGCAGCGGUCUAAGGCACUGCAUCUCAGUGCUUGAGGCGUCACUACAGACCCCCUGGUUCGAUUCCAGGCUGUAUCACAACCGGCCGUGAUUGUGAGUCCCAUAGGGCAGCGCACAAUUGGCCCAGCGUCGUCCGGGUUUGGCCGGUGUAUGCUGUCAUUGUAAAUAAGAAUUUGUUCUUAACUGACUUGCCUGGUUAAAUAAAGGUUAAUAAAAAUAAAAAUGACAGCUUUGCACACUCUUGGCAUUCUCUCAACCAGCUUCAUGAGGUAGUCACCUGGAAUGCAUUUCAAUUAACAGGUGUGCCUUGUUAAUUUGUGGAAUUUCUUUCCUCCUUAAUGCGUUUGAGCCAAUCAGUUGUGUUGUGAAAAGGUAUGGGGGGUAUUCAGAAGAUAGCCCUAUUUGGUAAAAGACCAAGUCCAUAUUAUGGCAAGAGCAGCUCAAAUAAGCAAAGAGAAAUGACAGUUCAUCAUUACUUUAAGACAUGAAGGUCAGACAAUACAGAACAUUGAGAACGUUUGAAAGUUUCUUCAAGUGCAGUCGCAAAAACCAUCAAGCACUAUGAUGAAACUGGCUCUCAUGAGGACCGCCACAGGAAUGGAUGACACAGAGUUACCUGUGCUGCAGAGGAUAAGUUAAUUAGAGUUACGAGCCUCAGAAAUUGCAGCCCAAAUAAAUGCUUCACAGAGUUCAAGUCACAGACAUAUCUCAACAUCAACUGUUCAGAGGGGACUGUGUGAAUCAGGCCUUCAUGGUCGAAUUGCUGCAAAGAAACCACUACUAAAGGACACCAAUAGGAAGAAGAGACCUGCAUGGGCCAAUAAAAAUGAGCAAUGGACAUUAGACCGGUGGAAAUGUGUCCUUUGGUCUGGAGUCCAAGUUGGAGAUUUUUGGUUCCAACCGCUGUGUCUUUGUGAGAUGCGGUGUGGGUGUGUAGUUCCCACCGUAAAGCAUGGAGGAGGAGUUGUUAUGGUGUGGGGGUGCUUUGCUGGUGACACUGUGAUUUAUAUAGAAUUCAAGGCACACUUAACCAGCACGGCUACCACCGCGUUCUGCAGCGAUAUGCCAUCCCAUCUGGUUUGGGCUUAGUGGGACUAUCAUUUGUUUUUCAACAGGACAAUGACCCAACACACCUCCAGGCUGUGUAAGGGCAAUUUUACCAAGGAGAGUGAUGGAGUGCUGCAUCAGAUAACCUGGCCACAAUCCCCCGACCUCAACCCAAUUGAGAUGGCUUGGGAUGAGUCGGACGGCAGAGUGAAGGAAAAGUAGCCAACAAGUGCUCAGCAUAUGUGGGAUCUCAUUCAAGAUUGUUGUAAAAGCAUUCCAGGUGAAGCUGGUUGAGAGAAUGCCAAGAGUGUGCAAAGCUGUCAUCAAGGCAAAGGGUGGCUAUUUGAAGAAUCUCAAAUAUAAAAUAUAUUCUGAUUUGUUUAACACUUUUUUGGUUACUACAUGAUUCCAAAUGUGUUAUUUCAUAGUUUUGAAGUCUUCACUGUUAUUCUACAAUGUAGAAAAUAGUAAAAAUUAAGAAAAACCCUUGAAUGAGUAGGUGUACAAACUUUUGACUGGUAGUGUACAUAAUUAGAUAUCCUGUAGGUAUGUUCCUGGCAGGGUCACUUCCCCAUGUUUAGUUUUCCCCUGUCUCUCUCCAGACUGUGUACUGGCUUUAAGAGCUGUGUUUAUACAGGGCAUUAAACUCUGCCCUAAUUACAUAUCACAGGCACUUCUCUACCCUCACCUCUUUUCUCCCCUCAGUCACUAUCUGAUGGAGAACACCUGGGAAAUGCCUAAUGUGGCCUCGCUGCAGAGAUGACAGAGAGGAAUCUUAGUUCUCCUCUCCUUUAAACCUCAGGCAGCUCACUGACUGACUGACUGAGCCUCGGCUGUUUUAUGUGCUGGGCUCAGUUAAGACCCAAUCUAGCCUCUCAUUGCCAGAGUCAAAUCUGCUGCUGCGUAUCGCUCUCAUUCUCAACCAAGUCACAGCAGGACUAUUAAAGUUAGAAGCAGCGCUGUCUAUGUUGUAUUUUUUAUUUUUUUUUAUUUUAUUUUUUUAUUUUUUAUUUUUUAGUCAUUUAGCAGACGCUCUUAUCCAGAGCGACUUACAGUUAGUGAAUACAUUUUUUUUUUUUAUACUGGCCCCCCGUGGGAAUCGAACCCACAACCCUGGCGUUGCAAACGCCAUGCUCUAUCAAUUGAGCUACAUCCCUGCCGGCCAUUCCCUCCCCUACCCUGGGCCAAUUGUGCGCCGCCCAUGAGUCUCCCAGUCGCGGCCGGCUGCGACAGAGCCUGGAUUCGAACCAGGAUCUCUAGUGGCACAGUUAGCACUGCGAUGCAGUGCCUUAGACCACUGCAUUGUAUGUACAGUAGUAUAUUCCUCCAUGGGUGUCCCUGUCCCUACAAUAGCUGUGACCAUGUAGAUCCUCCAGUCUGUCCAGUCAGAGCCUUGGGGAGGUUGAUGUAAUGCUUUAUUUUCCUGUCAUGCAAAGCAGAGAGCGAUUGAUGUAAUGCUUGAUUUCCCAGCCAAUUCGCUGCCUGCUCUCCUCCCAGCUAGCCAAUCCCCUGCCUUCUCUCCUCCCAGCUAGCCAAUCCCCUGCCUGCGCUCCUCCCAGCCAGCCAAUCCUGCUGAGUGCUCUCCUUCCGGCCAGCCACUUGGCAGACAUCGUCAUGUCUCUCAGGAGAAAGGGAGAUGAGUGGAGGAGAGGGACGGCGAGAGAAAGGAGGAUAGAGGAAGGAGUGACAGCCUCCAUGCUAGUGUUACCAGUGGCCAUGAUAUGUGUGCAGGGAGCUGGGUGGGGCUUGCUGGAUGGAUGUGGUGAUGGUGGAUGAUGUCUAUGUGAUGAUUAACAGCAGUAGAUGGAUCAGGUUGCCUCAGUUGAUUCUAGGUCUGUGGUAAUGUGGCUUUCUCUAACCCCUUCAUUACUCUGCUGACAAGGUCAGGCUGUGCUGUGUGUAUGUGAGAGGUUUGCCUCAUGCAGACAUCCACGCAGUCUGUGGUGUUAAUCCAAGACACUGACCUGACUCUGCUAGAGGAGAGGCAUUGAUUUCUCCUGGCAUGCUUCAGGCUGAGGAGGAGGAGAAGGAAAGGUGCCGCUGAGAAUGGAUGACUGUGUAUGUCUGUCUCCAGGGCCUGAAUCUUGGUCUUGACAAAGGUCAACCUGACCGCAGCUACUAUGCCAAAUACAGGUUUAGCAGGGGCAAUGGUUUAACCAUGUUACCAUGGCAAUCACUCCUGUCUGUUUCUCUCUCCACUGCUUCCCCUGUGGCCGUCAGUGGUCUGGUCAUGUGACCAGGGUCCGUGCUUCACUUGGCUGUAGUUAGUGAUAGCCUAGUCAGGCAGAGCGUGGUUUCGUUUGUCCUUAAGUUAGCCAGUUAGGCUGGCCGUUGUUUGUCCAUCAGUUAGCCUACUACUGCGCCUUCCUCCAUCCCUCUCUCCACUGGCCCAGUGCAGUUCUGACUGGAGCCAGUCAGAUUAAAAUACUAAUUGCUAGAUGAAUACUGACACAGCCAGGAUGCUGUGGAGUCCCUCUGUGUAGCAGACAUGUCAGUCCCAUGCUGUAGUCCCGAGGCCCAGUGUGCGCAGACACACUCACACAACCCUUCUCCUCAUCCCCUGCCUCUCUCUCCGCCGCUGGGUAAAAGUGGAAUGAGGAUUUAUAUGAAAUGGGGUUAAUCCAUAUACAGUGCCGUCCGAAAGUAUUCAGAACCCUUGACGUUUUCCGCAUUUUGUUACGUUACAGCCUUACUCUAAAAUGGAUUAAAUAGUUUUUUUUCCCUCAAUCUACACACAAUACCCCAUAAUGACAAAGCAAAAACAGCUUUUUAGACAUUUUUGCAAAUGUAUUCAAAAUAAAAAAACAUAUCACAUUUAUGUAAGUGUUCAGACUCUUGUUGAAGCACCUUUUGGCAGCGAUUGCAGCUUCGAGUCUUCUUGGGUAUGACGCUACAAGCGUGGCACACCUGUAUUUGGUAUUUGGGGAGUUUCUCCCAUUCUUCUCUGCAGAUCCUCUCAAGCUCUGUCAGGUUGGAUGGGGAGCGUCGCUGCACAGCUAUUUUCAGGUAUUUCCAGAGUUGUUCAAUAAGGUUAAUGUCUGGGCUCUGGCUGUGCCAUUCAAGGACAUUCAGAGACUUGUCCCGAAGCCACUCCUGCGUUGUCUUGGCUGUGUGCUAAGGGUCGUUGUCCUGUUGGAAGGUGAACCUUCUCCCCAGUCUGAGGUCCUGAGUGCUCUGGAGCAGGUUUUCAUCAAGGAUCUCUUUGUACUUUGCUCCGUUCAUCUUUCCCUCGAUCCUGACUAGUCUCCCAGUCCCUGCCGCUGAAAAACAUCCCCACAGCAUGAUGCUGCCACCACCAUGCUUCACCGUAAGGAUGGUGCCAGGUUUCCUUCAGACGUGACGCUUGGCAUUCAGGCCAAAGAGUUUAAUAUUGGUUUCAUCAGACCAGAGAAUCUUGUUUCUCGUGGUCUGAGAGUCCUUUAGGUGCCUUUUGGCAAUCUCCAAGUGGGCUGUCAUGUGCCUUUUACUGAGGAGUGGCUCCGUUUGGUCACUCUACCAUAAAGGCCUGAUUGGUGGAGUGCUGCAGAGAUGGCGGUCCUUCUGGAAGGUUCUCCCAUCUCCACAGAGGAACUCUGAAGCGCUGUCAGAGUGACCAUCGGGUUCUUGGUCACCUCCCUGACCAAGGCCCUUCUCCCCCAAUUGCUCAGUUUGGCCGGUCGGCCAGCUCUAGGAAGAGUCUUGGUGGUUCCAAACUUCUUCCAUUUAAGAAUGAUGGAGUCUACUGUGUUCUUGGGGACCUUCAAUGCUGCAGAAAUGUUUUGGAAACCUUCCCCAGAUCUGUGCCUCGACACAAUCCUGUCUCUACGGACAAUUCCUUCAACCUCAUGUCUUGUUUUUUGCUCUGACAUGCACUGUCAACUGUGGGACCUUAUGUAGACAGGUGUGUGCCUUUCCAAAUCAUGUCCAAUCAAUUGAAUUUACCACAGGUAGACUCCAAUCAAGUUGUAGAAACAUCUCAAGGAUGAUCAAUGGAAACAGGAUGCACCUGAGCUCAAUUUCCGAGUCUCAUAGCAAAGAGUCUGAAUACUUAUGUAAAUAAGGUAUUUCUGUUUUGUAUUUUUUAUAAAUUUGUAAACAUUUCUAAAAACCUGUUCGCUUUGCCAUUAUGUGGUAUUGUGUGUAGAUUUAUGAGAAAUGUUUUAUUUAAUCCAUUUUAGAAUAAGGCUGUAACGUAACAAAAUGUGGAGAAGGGGUCUGAAUACUUUCCGAGUGCACUGUAGGUCCCUAUUGCCUGUCUAUUUGCUCAAGAUUUCUCAUCAGAUGAAUCAGGUCAAUGCAAGUCAUGUUAACGUAGCAUUACUUUAGCUAGUGAAGCUAUACACUGGGCUUUAUAGGGCAGUGGGUUUAUCGUCUGACUGGGACUGCAAUCAUUCAGAUCAUGUAGGAUUCAAAAAGGCCACAUCUGGCAUUGAACAGAUUUUAUUAUUGUCAUAUACACUGAGUGUACAAAACAUUAGGAUCACCUUUCCAUGACAGACUGACCACGUGACUCCAGGUGAAAGCGAUGAUCCCUUAUUGAUGUCACCUGUUAAAUCCACUUCAAUCAGUGUAGAUGAAGGGGAGGAGACAGGUUAAAUAAGGGGUUUUUAAGCCUUGAGACAGUUGAUACAUGGAUUGUGUAUGUGUGCCAUUCAGAGGGUGAAUGGGCAAGACAAAAGAUUGAAGUGCCUUUGAACGGGUUAUGGUAGUAGGUGCCAGCCGCACUGGUUUGAGUGUGUCAAGAACGGCAACACUCCUGGGUUUUUCACGCUCAACAAUUUCCUGUAUGUAUCAAGAAUGGUCCACCACCCAAAGGACGUCCAGCCAACGGCAGGCCAGUGGUCGAAAACAGGUCACUGAUGAAAGAGGACAAAGGAGGCUGACACAAAUUGUGCAGAGCAACAGACGGACUACAGUUAGUCAACUGACAGUCCAAUACAACAUUGGUGCCCAAAGAUCCAUAAAAUAAUGCACAACUCGCAGUACCUUGACACGUGGUGUAUGGCAGCCGACAACCUUAGUUCCACUUCUUUCAGCGUAAAACAAGAAACUGCGGUUGCAGUGGGCUAAGGAAUGAAAACACUAGACACUGGAGAAUUGGAAAAACAAUGCCUUGUCUGAUGAAUCCCGGUUCCUGAUGUUUCAUGCUGAUGGGAGGUCUAGGGUAUGUAGAAAACCACGUGAGGACAUGCAUCCAUCAUGAGGCGCGUGUCAACAUUGCAGGCUGGUGGUGGUGAUGGUGUGGGGUGUGUGUUUAUGGCACACAUUGGGCCCCUUGAUAAAAGUGGAGCAACGUUUGAACGCCACAGGAUAUCUGAACAUCAUUGCCAAUCAGGUGCAUCCCUUCAUGGCAGCAGUGUAUCUAUCUGCGAAUUGAUUCUUUCAGCAGGAUAAUGUCCCAUGCCACAAGGCUAAGAUUGUCCAGGAAUGGUUCCACGAACAUGACAGUGAAUUCAGCUUACUGCAGUGGCCUGCCCAGUCACCAGAUCUCAAUCCAAUUGAGCAUCCGUGGGACGAGAUUGAACAAGCUUUUCGGAGUAGUACCAGCCAACUUUACACAACUGUGGGAAGCAUUGGAGUCAACAUGGGCCAGCAUCCCUGUGGAACGCUUUCGACACCUUGUAGACUUCAUGCCCGACUAAUUGCGGCUGCUCUGAGUGCAAAAAGUGGUGCAACUCAAUAUUAGCAAGGUAUUCCUAAUGUUUUGUACACUCAGUGUAUAAAGCUGGUCUUUGUCUACAUGGUUUGUAACUAAAGAUAAAAGCAACACUAGUGAACCUGCUUCUGGUCCAGAGGUAGACAGACAGAGGGAGAGAUGGGAUUGAUUUUUUGAUUUUUUUACCUCUAACAUAUGGAAGUGCCUUUACUCCUCUGUUCUUGUCUUAUGGGGAGCUGAACUGUACAGGCAUGUUGAGUCAGGGUGGACUGAAUUCCCCAUGGGAUUGUUUACAUCCAGACAUCUUCAUAGAGUGGCUAACAAGCCUUCAUUGAUUACAGUCCUGCUUUGUUACUAUUCAAAUUACCUGCCAGUUUACAUUGACAUGGCAGUUCCACCUGCUGGGCUGAAGGGGAACUGCAUAGUGUAUAUUUGAAUUUUUUAAUUUUAUUUCACCUUUAUUUAACCAGGUAAGCCAGUUGAGAACAAGUUCUCAUUUACAACUGCGACCUGGCCAAGAUAAAGCAAAGCAGUGCGAUAAGAACAACAACACAGAGUUACACAUGGGGUAAAACAAAACAUAAAGUCAAAAAUACAACAGAAAAUAUAUAUAUACAGUGUGUGCAAAUGUAGUAAGUUAUGGAGGUAAGGCAAUAAAUAGGCUAUAAUGCAAAAUAAUUACAAUUAGUAUUAACACUGGAAUGAUAGAUGUGCAAGAGAUGAUGUGCAAAUGAGCAAAAUAAAUAACAAUAUGGGGAUGAGGUAGUUGGGUGGGCUAAUUUCAAAUGGGCUGUGUACAGGUGCAGUGAUCGGUAAGGUGCUCUGACAACUGAUGCUUAAAGUUAGUGAGGGAGAUAAGAGUCUCCAGCUUCAGAGAUUUUUGCAAUUCGUUCCGGUCAUUGGCAGCAGAGAACUGGAAGGAAUGGCGGCCAAAGGAGGUGUUGGCUUUGGGGAUGACCAGUGAGAUAUACCUGCUGGAGCGCAUACUACGGGUGGGUGUUGGUUAGAUGACAACAGUGAUGUGGUGAAAAGUUAUUUAGUGUUACUAAAUUAGUAAUGUAACUCCUUUUGCUUGUUGAAAUUCUAAUUUUUCAUUUCGAAAGACUUUCAAUUAUUUCUUCAUAGAUGUGCUUUACUGAGUCUACGAAUGGAGCUUUUCAUUCAAGCUCUAGCAUAUUGUUGCCUGCAUUGACGACAGUUGAUUGAUGUCAGUCACAUUACGUGCAGUAGACUGGCCGUCACCAUAACUUUUCAGUACUGUCUCUCAAACCCAUCAGUCUGCUCUGCUGUCCUGGACCAAAGACACGUCUCUAUUGUAACAUUCAAUCAUCAGCCAGGUCCAGAGAGCCUCCCUGUCCUGAUCAGCUAUAGUUUAAGUUCCCUUCUAAUAUCCCCCAUCCCACUCGUUUUAAUCUCUCUCCACAUGGUUUUCCAUAAGGCCAGGUGGGGAUGAAAGCAGCCAUAUUUCUGCCCCGGGACGGAGGAGGGGUGUGGGGGCCAUAUAUCACAGACUGAUGCUGCGCUUGAGGAGGCAAGGGAGAUUUUGGGAAUGUGUAGCGGGUAGUGGGAUGAAAGGAGCUAUAUUGGAGUGAAGCUGAUUUAUCACCUCUGCUAUGAGGCUCAGGUCAGGCCUCUGUCAGAGAGACUAGUCAGUGAGGGCCCCUCGGAGUGAAGACUAGACUGUCUGUCUCCGUCUGUCAGUGGAGGCAGCCUGAGGUGGGUGAGUUAGCUGGGUAACUCUUAGUUUAGAGAUAAAGUCCAUGACUGUAUACAGUAACCAUGCAGAGGGCCUUACCUCACCACAGCGCUCUCGACAUUCUGCCCUUUGUUAAGUCCAUUCCCUUAACUUCAAGGACAUUGCUGCAUGUGUAUGUGUCUAUUUUGCAUGGUCAGUGAGUGGGGAUGAGACUCAACAUGACUCAGGGCUGUGUUUCCUGUAAUGGGAGGAAGGGAGGGUGUGUGUGAGCGGAGCUCUCCCAAGUGUAGUAGGACUAUUCUGGGUCUGGAAAUAAACCAGUAGAUGAACCCCCAGUCACAGGUUAGGAAUGAGGUCAUUUAGAUAUCUUUGUGGGACUAUUUCUCUAUAUUCCUCUCACGCACACACAACGCUCUUCCGUUUUCACACACACACACACACACACACACACACACACACACACACACACACACACACACACACACACACACCAUAUUGAGCGGUGGUUUUAGGAAGUUUUUUCAGAGGUGAGGAAACACACGGUGACUCUCCUGACAUCCAUUGUUCUGGUUGGCCCAUGAGCCCCUGGGGUGAGGCUGAUGUGAUGUCACAUGCUGAGGGAUUGGACACAUUUGAAAUGGACGUGCAAUGUUGGAGCCCGCAGUAUAAAUAUAUAUAUAUAUAUAUAUAUAUAUAUAUAUAUAUAUAUAUAUAUAUAUAUAUAUAUGUAUAUAUAUAUAUAUAUGUAUAUAUAUUUAUGUAUAUGUAUAUAUGUAUAUAUAUAUGUGUAUAUAUGUGAUAGGAUGUAUAGACAUAAUGGACUGUAUGUGGAUAGAAUAUGUAGUAUAUCUGAAGAAUACAUAGGAUAGAAUAGUAUAGGUACAGCAAUAGUUGAAUAGAAUGGCAUUGACUGUAAUACAGUAUAUACAUAGGAAAUUAGUUAAACAGUAUGUAAACAUUAUUCAAGUGACCAGUGUUCCGUUAUUGAAAUGGCAAGCGAUUCCAGGUCUAUGUACAUAUCCUGGCUAAGCUCAUAUUCCUCAAUCUCUGUAGCUACAGAGCACCUGCCUCGCUAUUGUACUACAAAUAAGGAGAACAGGUUCCUCCAGGGUUUUCUUCCCCCUCUCUCCUCUUCUUUCCUUUAAUCCUUCUCUCACCGUGUUGGGUUAGAAACAGGAGCAGCUAUCCCCCGACUACCGUCCUCUCCUCUUCUCAUUACUUCUUAUCUUGUUCCAGAAAAAUCUCCUCGCUCAAAUAUCAGCCACAGCUGCAGGUUGGUUAUGAGUUUACUGUUGUCAAAAUAUCAAAAUAAGGCUGCGUUCAACAAAAGAAAAUAGUUGGGUUUUGACUUGCUUCGGUGAUAAAUGUGGUGGUUUUUCAAGACGCUCAUUGUUGGUGUAGCAUGGAGUAUUUAUUUUAAAAGUGUGAGAAGCGAAGGAAAAAGCCAAACUCGACCCUUCAGGUCUUCAGCUGUGAAGGAAACGAAUGACCCUCACCUCUCUCUUUUCUCAUCUUCCCUCUCUUUCAGGAUUUGGAGUUCCACGGUGUGAUGCGUUUCUACUUCCAGGACCGCGUGGCGGGGAACUUUGCCACCAAGUGUAUCCGGGUGUCCUCCACGGCCACCACUCAAGACGUCAUCGAGACUCUGGCCGAGAAGUUCCGGCCCGACAUGAGGAUGCUCUCCUCGCCCAAAUAUUCCCUCUACGAGGUCCACGUCAGCGGGGGUGAGUGUGCGGGGUCUGUUGGGUGGAUGGAUGGGUGUGGGUUUUGUGGUGGGUUGUUAGUAAGUAGACCAAGGGUAUUGAACAAGUGUUGUUUAUCACACCUAGCAUUAGACUGCUAACAUUCAACAUCAGGUUGCUUAUUUGUUUGGGUAUGUGGUUUGACAAUCUUCUUUGAGUUAGCUACUCUGUUGGGGUUACUAGACGAAGACUGUUAGCCUGCGGUACAGAGAAGACAGGAGUGUGGUGUCCAACUCCCAUGGUGCUUUAUGUGACCUUGAGAUCAGCAUCCCUCAGUCCAGGCUUUGAUCUCUCUUCAUAUUGAGAGAGGGGGAGAGAGGAAGAGCGUGUGAGUGUGGGCCAGCAUAGCUUUUCUGCUAGCACAGUGAUGAAAGCUAAUUUAGACCUGCUUUUAUAUAGUUCUAUUUUAAAUCUCAGCAGUCCUACCGCGUUUGUCUAUGUAAAUCAUUAACGCUUUAUCCUAAGCUCAUCCUAAUACUUUAUCCUAAGCUUAUCCUAAUGUUUAUCUAUGUUAAACUAGAGUAUAUAGCCCAGAGCUAGCUAGCUGGCUGUAUAGGAGGAUGUGUUAACUGGUGUGGGUUGACAGGGUGUAAAGCAGUGUGAUUUCCCCCUCUCUGGCAGAAGAACGGAAGCUGGACCUGGAUGAGAAGCCCCUGGUGGUGCAGCUCAACUGGAACAAAGACGACCGCGAGGGACGCUUCGUCCUCAAGAACGAGAACGACAUCAUCCCCAAGGUGAGUAUCGACAACAACAGCAGCAACAGGAGCAGAGCGGUCUUAGGCUAGCCUGGCUUCCAGUCUGCUUCAGCUCAAGUAGGUACUGGGCUAUAUGGCAAGAUUUGGGGAUUCCUGUGAAUGUGCGUUACACCAUUGAAAAAUAAUAAUGGACCCAGGCUAGUCUUAGAUGUGGCCAUCAGUGAAAUUACUCAAAACUACUGCACAGGAGGACCUCUGCCAUGACAACACUAGCAGAUUACUCUGCCUCUGUAGCACUGUAACUAAAUACCCAACCAUCAAGUUCACUGCUAUGAUCUUGAAUAAGUCUAUAUUUCAUUAGAUGCUCACAGGGACUUACUGUUCAAAGUGUUGAUGUGCAUCCUGGCUCGGAGACUUCUUUAGUGCUCUUUACCACCCCAGAGAAGCAACUAUGUGUUUUAUUUUAUUCUGGAGGACUUGACCUCGAGUACCUCAGCUCCCCGAGCCAUUUCCUCAGCCAAAUAUGUGGUUCUCCCCCUGGCCCUAGAUAAAAGGCAGUAGUGUGUGUGUGUGUGUGUGAGAUGUGAAUGAGUUAUGUAUGUUUCAUCUUCUGGGACGUGUGGCUACACUCUGUCCAGUGUGAGUAUAAUCAACCUCCUCUGCCCAGGGGAGCAGUAAAGAGCUAUAAAAGAUACACAUACAUGCAUGUGCACACACACACGUAAACACACUUCAUUCUCUUACCCAGUCUGUUCUGUAACUCAUCAGUCCAGUCAUAGCAGGGGAACCAGAUCUUAAACUUCACUUAACUCCUCUUAGUGGCAGCUCCUCUCCUCUCCUUCUAAAAGCAUCUGCUACUAGAGGUACAUAGAGGGUUCCCCAGAGUGCUUUUAGGCUGGAAUGUGUGAGCGUGUAUGUGUGUUAGCGAUAGGAGAUGAGGACUGCUGGAGUGCUUUAGGGAAGUGGAAAGAGAUGCAGUCUUAUUAGAAGAGUCCCCUGCUCAGCCAUUUGACAGGGCAGUUCUGGAACACUGGAAUGCUUUAACACAUCUAUUGCUUUAUGGGGAUUUAGACUCCAACUGAUCCCCUCUGAAAAGGCUCUCACUCCUCACUCACUCAUACCCUCUCUUGCUCUCUCUCUGCUUUCUAUGGCCAAGUCUAGAAAGCCAAGUCAGUUCACGUUUGGCUUUUGAUUGAACUCUGGCCCUGUUGUUCUCUGUCAGCUGAUGGUUUAAGUCAGCUAGCUGGUAGACUGGUGCCCAGAGCCCUAGGCCUCAGGCUCUAGGUGUUAAGUAUGUCCCGUUCCCAACUCUCUGUGGAGGCCUAGGGUCACUGAGGCCUCAGCCCACCGCCCAGACAGUCCCCCUCUGGGGCCCCCCUAAUACCACUGAAUGCCUUAAUACAACACUUAGGCUAAGUGACCCGCUUUAGUAACAAACCUCACACCCUCUCACCUCCUAUCGAACCUUUCCCCUUCUCUCUCGCGCUUUCUCUUGUUCUCUCUUGCCACAGAAGGUGCAGAGCAACGGGCCAGAGAAGGAGGGAGUGAUCCAGAACUUCAAACGGACACUAUCCAAGAAAGAGAAGAAGAGAGAGAAGAAGAGAGAGAAGGAGGCUCACAUUCCGGACGGAGAUGAGCAAGCACUGAACAGAGAAGAUGGGUAAGGAGGGCAAUGUCACUUGUAGCUUUAUAUAGUGUUUCCUUUUCUUAGUCUUGCUAGUUGAAAAUGAUGUUUUCAUUGACGAUGAACGUCCCCUCGUCCUACUGCUAGUGUAUAAAGAAGUAACCUGCAUGGUAAAGCAAAUCUAUUUCUGUAAGUAGGUUUGCAAUGGAGUACUUCUGAAUGUUGUAUUUCUGCUCCUCCAGAGAGAACUCCAGGCUGGCAGCAGAGGUGUACAAGGACAUGCCGGAGAACAGCUUCACCAGGACCAUUUCUAACCCUGAGGUGGUGAUGAAGAGGAGGAGGCAGCAGAAACUGGAGAAGAGGAUGCAGGAGUUCCGCAGCAGCGACGGCAGGCCAGACUCUGGUAGGUUCCUGGGACUCCUGGAUCUAUCAAACUUUAAAAUGUGUUACUUUUAUUUGAAUAGGACACUGUGAUAGCUGAGCUGUUUUGUGUGUGUGUGUGUGUGUGUGUGUGUGUGUGUGUGUGUGAGAGCGAGAGAUAUGCCUAUAGGCCAGUCCAAAGCCAUUGUCUCUGGUCCCUGUCCUAUCUGUGGCCAGUAGAGAACACCCUGUGCCCAUACUGUAAUUACAUAAGGCAUGGGCCAGACCGAGCAGGGGGCCACUCUAACCCGCUUUAGCCUAUGUCCUCAGUGAACACCACACACUGGCUGGGACUGCCAGGCCUCACAUCUUGUUCCCAGUGGCUUACAGCCCGCUGCCAACCAUGGGAGGAACACCAAAAACGUCAGCAGGAUGGUUUUUUUUACCCUCCCUCCAUAGUUUGGCCGCCUGAACUCUGUAUCCCAAAGCCGUUUUGGUCAAGUGGUGAAGCUGUGACAUAACUGUUUUAAAAAUGCGUUGAUCUCAAGUGUUGUUUAGAAUAAGUAAAAACAUUGUUUUUAAUCUAGAUUAAUCUGUUCCUAGAUCUGUGGUUAGUGGCAACUUUCUACCUCCAGCCACUUAUUUACUCAGACUUGCUCCUAGAGACACAGGAGAAGAACACUUCUUUGGUUUAUAGUUAAUCCAUGAGGUGCUCUUUGAUCAUGGGAUGAAAUACUAUAGAACAAAAAUAAGUUGAUGGUGGAUAGUAAACAGCCUUUGUGCAAACAAACUUCCAGAAGUAAUCAAGGUACUCUCAUGUAGUGGAAGAAUGUAAAAGCCUUUAAUGUAUUAUGGCUAGAAUAGAAAACCACCAACGCGUUGCAGCUACAACAGCCUUCAUCAGGGUGACAAGAAUAGUGGUGGACAAACACGUUUAUAUCCCAACUCUCACAGGAAGUGACUCAAUUCAUUAUCAUAUGUAAUUGAUAAAGGGGAAAAAAACGUAUUCAAGAUACAAAGAUAAACAAAUAAACAUGGCAUAAUGAGAAUGCAACGCCACAAAUGAAAUGAAAUAUCAUAAAAGGAAAAAAAUGAACUGUAUACACAUGAGCUCAUGUUAGCAAACUUCAGAAUGGAGAAAAAUUAAUAAAACACAUACCUCUUACAGGAAGGGAGAAAAUCAAUUUCCUCAUUUAGACCUGGCAAUACAGUGGAUCCAGUUUAAAGAUCCCUGUCCUUGAGCCUUCUCUUAGUAUGUCCUAUGUAAAAGCACCCACAUGGGCACUCCAGCCUCUACACCAACAUAUGUAGUGUUGCAGUUGACAAAUUAUUGCACUUGAGAGGUUCUAGGUCCCUGACCGUAUUUGUUUUGUGAUUGCUGUGAUUGCAGUUACCACAUGGGAAGUUGCCUGUGGCCUUGGGGAGCCAACUUGGCUUAGUUACUGGGGUGAGGUCGCUGCGCACCUACUUAUCCUUGAGGGUAGGGGCCCUUCUGUAAGAGAAUGCUGGGGGUUCAGUGAACACAUCGAAUAGGAUCACUUUCAAUGAUGCUCCAAUUGCGUUUAAUGAUGUCUUAAACCCUGGCGGCCUCCUGGCUGUGGCUGCCUCCUGGCUGUGGCGGCCUCCUGGCUGUGGCGGCCUCCUGGCUGUGGCGGGACAGAGAGUAGAUUGGUUUGGGGAUUUGAGGCCUGUGGGUGUGUUUGAGAAGACUUUCUCUUUCCAUAGAUUUAGCUUUGGUGAGAGACUUGUUUAACACACUACGUUUUUAUCCCAGUGUCUGAAACCUAGAAUGCAUUUCCACAGCUUUUUCCUCAAUCCUCCUCCCUCCCGGUCAACAAAUACUGUUGUCUGAAGGGAAUGUUCUUAAUCAGACUAGUGGGGUGAAAACGGUCCGCCAUGAGGAUAGUAUUGCGGUCCGUACUUUUCCUAUAAAUGGUGGUGUGGAGUGAGCCAUCCUGAGUUAAGAUUUUCAGAUCCAGAAAGUACAUUUCCAUUUGACUGUAUUCUAAACUCAGUUUCUAAUUCUCAUUGAGGGAAUUAACAUAGUUAUGGAAUUCUAACAAUACAUUUUUUGAUCCAGAGAACACUAAAAUAAUGUCAUCAAUGUAUCUGCCAUACCAUACAAUUUUGUAAAGAAAAUAGUUUAGCAGAACAGAGAAUAAACUUCUCUUCCCAAAGUCCCAAAAAUAAGUUAGCAUAGUUUGGAGUGAAGCAAGCCCCCAUAGCAGUCCCCUUCUGUUGUCUGAAGAGCUUGUGCUGGAAAAUGAAAACUUUGUUUAGUGUCACUUUGUUAAUUGAAGGAGUAAGUCUUCAGGGGGCGUACUUUCCUCUGGCCUCAGUUGGAGAACACGCUUUAAAGCGUGUGAGUGGUAUCUUGAAGGAAAGAGGACACAAGACUUAAUGUAGAAAUCAACAUACAUGGAGGCUGGCUCUGAUAUAGUAUCAUUGUUGCUUAGAAGAAAGUAAUAUUCUUGCUUAGGGUACGUUCGUAAAUUGCCUCCAAUGUGUCAGAGUGCGCUCUGGGUCGUUCGUAAAUUCAGAGCAUUGCCAGAUUGUCUGUUCAUAAAUUCAGAGAGUUUCGCUCUCGGAGCGUUCAGAGCGCACACUGGACGCUCUGGCCGAGUAGUAGGGUUGAUCUGGCUGUUCUGACCUCACAACGGCAGUCGAGCACCCAAGCUAACUGGCUAAAGUUGGCUAGCUUGCUAGCUACUUCCAGACACAAAUGAGAGAGAACCUCACUCUGACCAAUUUUACUCGCCCUAGCAGAGCUGGUUAGACUGAUUUCAUGAUAUCUAGAGCGUUAGUGAAUAUGGUGCUGCUGGCAACAAUAUAAUUUAAAAAAUGUGUCAACGUUUACUGACACCGGUCAUAUCCAAAAUGUGUUGACCGUUUGUAAUGAAUCAGUUAUUCUGCGCUCUGGCACACUCAGAGGAGAGUUCUGAAAUCGGAGUAGAUAACCAGAGUGAAUUUACGAACACACCCUUAGUGGUCCACUUUUAAUCUUUGGCAUGGCCCAAGAUUUCACCCAACUCUCAUUUCUUCAAAGGGCUAGAAAACAAAGGCAGGUAGUAGUCAGUAUUGUUGAGCUGUCAGUAUUGUCCCUCCCCCGUACAAUAACAGCCCCUCUGUCAGCACCGCGAACAUUGUCAUUCUCAGAAACCCAUUUAAUGGCUUCAUUUUCUUGUUUAUUGAGAUACCUCUGUAUACCUUAUUCCUAUAUUCAAAUAGUUAUCUACAUCGUGAGACAUUUUUUUUGGUAAAGGCAUUAAGGCAAACAUGGUUGUUAACUGGGAAAAGGUGGACUUGAGUUUGAAAACGAGGUUUAGGAAUGGCAUUUUGCACUUGGGAGGCUGGUCUUGCCAUGUAUUGUAGGCUGCUGCUUAUACCAAACCUUCAAGUGCAUAUUCCUAUAGAAUUUGAACAAGUCAACUUUAGCUUGGAACUGAUUAGCACUGUAGGUAGGCAAAAGACAAACCUUUGGACAGAGCUGAGACACAAUCUUUGGACAUUCAUGACUGACUGGCUGGUGUAGCUGGGCUUUGCUUCUUGUGUGGUGGUGUAUUGGGUGGUUUCUUUUUUGCUUAAUUUUUAUUUAUUUUUUUCAUUCUGAAGUUUGCUAACAUGAGCUCAUGUGUACACGGUUGGUUUUUUGCUUUUAUUAUAUUUCAUUUGUGGCGUUGCAUUAUGCAUUUUGGUUACGUCAAUCGUUUUUCCCUUUCAUAUGAUAAUGAAUUGAGUCACUUCCUGUGAGAGUUGGGAUAUAAACGUGUUUGUCCACCACUAUUCUUUGUCACCCUGAUGAAGGCUGUUGUAGCCGCAACGCAUCAGUGUUUUUUUUUAUUCUUGCCUUGUCUUAAGCCGUAAUACAUUAAAGGCUUUUAAAUUUUUCCACUACAUGAGAGUGCCUUGAUUAUCUCUGGAAGUUUGUUUGCACAAAGGCUGUUCUGGCAUUGUUUACUAUCCAGCACCAACUGAUCAGACUUUGUCCUAUUGAGUGAUGUCCAGACCUCAGAUGUUAUGUAAUCUGGAGGCCUGGACCAUAAGCUCUCUGGUUUGGUCUGCCGGUUCACUCCCCUCUCUCUGACACAGAUGUAAACCUCCUUCCCAGUUCCUCCUCAUAGUCUCUCUCUCUCUCUAGUCCCAGUCCACAGGAGUAAAGCCCUGUGUGAAAUGGGCAAGCAUCCUAGGCCUACAGCCCUGUCUGUUAACUAAACUCCGAGCCAGCCUGUAGUCUGAUAGAGAGAAAAAUAAAGAAAGCGUGUGUGACAGAGUGCUGAAGGCGAGGUAUGCUGCUAUGUGGAAUAUUUCAAUGGAAAACAAAAUAUAUCAAGUAGAUGUAGCAUAAUAAAAUGAAUGUGUCACAUGCUCUGUGUGUGUGUCUAACUUCAACUCCUGUUUCUGUCUCUUAGGGGGGACGUUGAGGAUCUAUGCAGACAGUCUAAAGCCCAACAUCCCUUAUAAGACCAUCCUGCUGUCCACUACAGACAUGGCAGACUUUGCUGUGGUGGAGGCCCUUGAGAAGUACGGCCUGGAGAAGGAGAACCCCCGGGAGUACUGUAUCGCCAGGGUAAGAGUCAACACACCACUCCUUACCAAGCACAGCUAGACCUUACUCUCCCGCAUUGGAAGCCAACCGUGGUCCUGGAGAGCUACAUGGUGUUCAGGCUUUCAUUCCGACCCAGCACUAACCCACCUGAUUCAACUUGUCACACUCUAGAUAGGCAGUUUAUUAGUUAAAUCAUGGGUGUUACAGUUGGGACAAAAUUCCUGGCCGCUGCUCCAUAUUAGCAUCACGUGCUAAGCUUCUAGACAUUACCUGUACACACUUAUACAAUAUGACACUCACCUGUCCCCCUGAUCUCACUAGUUUUAUAGGCUACAGGUUUAUAGCAUCAGCAAAGGGACACACCCUCUCUGUCUCUCUCUCUCGCUCUCUCUCUCUCUCCCUCUCUCCCUCUCUCUCCCCCCUCCAUCCAUCCGUCUCUCUCCCUCCCUUCUCAAUCUCUUUCCCAUCCAGCCGUCCACGCUCUUCCUAGUCGUCUGUCAGAUGAAAGCAGGAAAGGGACUGUUGGCACAGGCUUCUGUUUGGUAGUAAUUGAAUUGCAUUUCUACAAAGUGCCAGGCCAGCAGAUGCGAUGCUGUGUGUGUACUGUGUAUGGAGGCCGGGCAGGGAUGACAGAACAGCAGAAUGGCUGGCCUAAUCUCUCCUGUCAUCAUGUGACAAACAUCUCCACGCUAAAGCGCUGACCUUCGCUGCCUCAUAUCCCUGCCGCCUGACUGCUCCAGUCAGAGCCAAUCACAUGAAAAGCCCUUCAGUACCCCCUCCUUCCAUCUCUCCAGCCUCCCAUCCUUCUCUCAAUUAUACAUCUGUCAUUAAUAUAUGCAACGUUAAACCGCUGUGACCAGACAUGGGAAGUGCAUGUGUCUCACCUGCGUCUUGUGUUGGACAGUCAGUCAUUACUGAGGGAGAGGUCAUGUCUGGUGCAUGAGGGAGACAUGGAGCGAGACCUUCCAAAGAAAAGGGAGAGCAGCCAGCUAUUGGCUUAUGUUCUAAUGGGCAAUAAUCAAAUGGUUUGGAACACAUCGUAUGUACACCCUAUAUGCUACACUAUAUGUAAGCAAUGGUUGCAUGGUCACAAGUUGAUGAAUGUUGAUUUGUUACUGUUCCAGUUGAAUGUGUGGUGGUUUUACGGUUGCGGUUGUGUUUUGUGGUCCUGCAGCACACAGAUGACAAGUCUGGGAAGGAGAUCAUCCUGGACGAUACGGAGUGUCCUCUUCAGAUCUUCAGAGACUGGCCCAACGACAGAGGUAGUGUUUACGCAAAAGUCUAGAUUAAACGUGCAGAUCUAAAGGGAUUUGACCCUACAAAAACAACCAAAAGCCAGUUUUAACCAACUUGGUUGUUGAGGUUUUUGUUCAUACGUUUUUUUCAGAACGAGUUCAUUAUCUGUAUGGGUUGUGUUUUUAUCUGACAUCCCCUGUCUAUACUGCCCUCUCCUGGUAGCUCUGGGUCAUAACGCAGCUCCAUGUGUUGUUUCAGGAGCCCUAGUGUUCCAGCUGAAGAAGAGACCUCCAGACUACGUGCCUAAGAAGGGCCGUAAGCCAGAGGACAAGGGCCUCAGAGGGAAGGGCAUGGACGGGCCCCUGUACGGGUCUCUACCCCCAGAGAAACUGCCUUACCUGGUGGAGCUCAGCCCAGGUGCGUCUCACACACACACCACAGAUCACACACAUAUACAGGUAGACACACACUCCUGAAGAUACACACACUCCCAGCCGACGCCGAACGCAAGAGAGUACAGAAAUGCUGUAAGGAAGGCCCAGUUAGUUCUACUCACAUACAGUGGGGAGAACAAGUAUUUGAUACAGUGCCGAUUUUGCAGGUUUUCCUACUUACAAAGCAUGUAGAGGUCUGUAAUUUUUAUCAUAGGUACACUUCAACUGUGAGAGACGGAAUCUAAAACAGAAAUCCAGAAAAUCACAUGUAUGAUUUUUAAGUAAUUUAUUUGCUUUUUAUUGCAUGACAUAAGUAUUUGAUACAUCAGAAAAGCAGAACUUAAUAUUUGGUACAGAAACCUUUGUUUGCAAUUACAGAGAUCAUACGUUUCCUGUAGGUCUUGACCAGGUUUGCACACACUGCAGCAGGGAUUUUGGCCCACUCCUCCAUACAGACCUUCUCCAGAUCCUUCAGGUUUCGGGCGUCGCUGGGCAAUACAGACUUCAGCUCCUCCAAGAUUUUCUAUUGGGUUCAGGUCUGGAGACUGGCUAGCCACUCCAGGACCUUGAGAUGCUUCUUACGGAGCCACUCCUUAGUUGCCCUGGCUGUGGUUUCGGGUCGUUGUCAUGCUGGAAGACCCAGCCACGACCCAUCUUCAAUGCUCUUACUGAGGGAAGGAGGUUUGCCAUGAUCUCGCGAUACAUGGCCCCAUCCAUCCUCCCAUCAAUACGGUGCAGUUGUCCUGCCCCCUUUGCAGAAAAGCAUCCCCAAAGAAUGAUUUUUUCACCUCCAUGCUUCACGGAUGGGAUGGUGUUCUUGGGGUUGUACUCAUCCUCUUCUUCCUCCAAACACGGCGAGUGGAGUUUAGACCAAAAAGCUCUAUUUUUGUCUCCUCAGACACAUGACCUUCUCCGCAUUCCUCCUCUGGAUCAAACCAGAUGGUCAUUGGCAAACUUCAGACGGGCCUGGACAUGCGCUGGCUUGAGCAGGGGGACCUUGCGUGCGCUGCAGGAUUUUAAUCCAUGACGGCGUAGUGUGUUACUAAUGGUUUUCUUUGAGACUGUGGUCCCAGCUCUCUUCAGGUCAUUGACCAAUUUUAACCCUGAUGUCCUUACACAGCGCUCUGGUCUUGGCCAUUGUGGAGAGGUUGGAGUCUGUUUGAUUGAGUGUGUGGACAGGUGUCUUUUAUACAGGUAACGAGUUCAAACAGGUGCAGUUAAUACAGGUAAUUGGUGGAGAACAGGAGGGCUUCUUAAAGAAAAACUAACAGGUCUGUGAGAGCCGGAAUUCUUACUGGUUGGUAGGUGAUCAAAUACUUAUGUCAUGCAAUAAAAUGCUAAUUAAUUACUUAAAAAUCAUACAAUGUGAUUUUCUGGAUUUUUGUUUUAGAUUCCGUCUCACAGUUGAAGUGUACCUAUGAUAAAAAUGACAGACCUCUACAUGCUUUGUAAGUAGGAAAACCUGCAAAAUCGGCAGUGUAGCGGCAGUGUAGGUAAUAUACUGUAUUGUAUGGACCAGACUUCCUGAUGCCCUGAGUACUCUGUAGUCUCUUCUAACAAGGUGAGUGAGUGGGCCUUAGAAGCAUCUCCUGCCCAGUUUAUUCUACCCCCCUCUCCCAAUCCACCAAGAGAAUGAAUCAGGUCUAAGUAGCGAGUCCUCGGAUGGAUGGAUGGAUGGAUGGAUGGAUGUUAUGUCCAGUACCAUGGCCAGUUAUCACUGUUGGGCUGGCCCUAACAGCUGCUUGUUGCCACUGACCGCCGUCUCCCUCCAUGCUCCCCUGACCAACCUUACACCCAUGCAGUGCACUAACCCUGUCUCUCAGAACCAUUUUAACCCCUUCAGAGAUUUGUUUAGUAGUUACUAGUUAGGUAUCUAAGAGAUUCGAUUUGAAGGUUUGAGAUCUGUUUGAGUACAUUGCAACGAAAGAGUAUGUUUCCCAGGCUAGGGUUUUCUCCUCUUUCGGCAUGAGGGAUUCAAGGUGUGUUGAGUGUUUGGGUGAAGGCUGUGUGUGGUAGUCUAAAGUGUGUUUGUUGGACUAUUUCCGUGCAUGUUCGCACAAGUGUGUGUGUGUGUGUGUGGACUCUGGUGUGUGUGUGUGGACUCUGGGGGGUGUGUGUGUGGACUCUGGGGGGUGUGUGUGUGGACUCUGGGGUGUGUGUGUGGACUCUGGGGUGUGUGUGUGGACUCUGGGGGGGUGUGUGUGUGUGUGGACUCUGGGGUGUGCGUGCUUGUGGAGUGCGAAUGUGUGAGGCGAAGAAGGGUGCUGCAUUUUCUCCUUGCUGCAAUAUUUUCACCCUCUGCUGUGUGUGUGUGUGUGUGUGUGUGUGUGUCCUCUCUCCUGGCCUCCUCUGGCAUGGUGUGUGUUCUGUCUGUCCCUACUGCGGCCGCCUCCUCUGCAUGUCUGCUCACCUAGGGAGGGGGAAUCACUAUGGCUACUACGCAUAUCGGCACCUCGAAGGUAAACCUGCCUACCCACGCCUCUCCUCCACUCUCAACUCCAUCACCAGACCCAUCUACUGCUGUGUUUCUCUGGAAACAAGCUGGCUUGUGGUAGAAGUUGCCCUUAACUACAGAUCUAGGAUCAGAUUACCCGGAAGAUUAUUGAGUAUUCUAUUUUUGAUCAUUAUAGUGAUGGAAAAAGAUCUGACCGUAUCAGUGGUUAGGUUCAACUUCUACCCACUCUCAAAAGUUGCCCUUUGACACAGAUCUAGGAUCAGCUUCUCCACCCCCAAAAUGCUGACCAGCACAAAACAGACCUGAGAUCAGUAUCUAUGGGCAACUGAUUGCUACUUUCCUGAAUUCCUUUUUAAUCCAUGAUUCAGCCAAUCAGAGGGGGCCUCACUAUCUAGGGCGGGGUUGUGUGAAGACUAGGGACGUUAAGUCAACUCCUCUGCACUAAGCCACGUUUAAGGCCCAUGACCGAUAUUGUUGGCUUAGCAAUAGCAAGUGUUUUUUGCAAAUUAGGAUUUUUAGAAGACAAAUACAUGUUUUUCCCUCCCUUGUUAACUAAGUUCCUGCUUGCUUUUACUAAAAUAUGUGGUUUACUAAUCAAAAUACACAAAUGAUCUGGUCUACUGGUAGUUGUUAGGAAUACAUGGUCUUGUAUGUAUUGUGUGUGAGGUAUACGACUCAAAUCUCCUGCUCUGUACUGUAGUGUGUCUCCUGCUGUGCACUGUAGUGAGUGUUUGUCUCUGUGUGUAGUGAGUGUGUGUCCCUCCAUAUUGUGAGGACUGACUAUCUCCUGGUCUCCACCAUAGAUGGCUCCGACUCCAGGGAUAAACCAAAGCUCUACCGCCUGCAGUACAGUGUCACUGAGGUGGGCUCAGACAGUACAGACGAUGGCUCCAUCCAGGUGAGGACCUGCCCUUUGUGUGUGUGUGUGUGAAUGGUCACAUGCUACAUUGACCUAGCCGUAAGUUACUAGCCUAGACUGGACUACAAGUUAGCUGAGCUCAAUGGUCUUGUGAUACGAAUGUGUUUUGUCCCCCCCCUCCAGCUGUUUGGUCCAGGUAUCCUGCCCCACCACUGCAACCUGAUGCACACAGAGGGUCUGGUGACGGUGACGCCACACAGUCUGGAGGCUGAAACCUACGUGGACGGCCAGCGUAUCACAGAGACCACCGUGCUGCGAAGCGGAGCCACACUGCAGUUCGGAGCCUCCCACGUCUUCAAGUUUGUGGACCCCAGCUACGACCACAGCAUGGGCAAAGGAGGGCCCGGACCAAUGAUAAGAGGCAGGCACAAGUCAGGGUAGGUGGAGUGACGGCUGUUGACAGGGAUAACGCGUACGUGCUUUAAAUGAAUAGGGACAGGAAGCAGUGGAGAACUGCUGAUACCAGUGUCACCAGUGUCAUCAGACUCAGGAUGCAUCUUUCAGCUAGGUUACUGAGCAGCACAAUGGUGGCUCUCAUCUCACUGCUCUGAACACCAGAACAGCACAGCUUCCUAUUUAUAAUAUAAUAAUAAUAAUAUGCCAUUUAGCAGACGCUUUUAUCCAAAGCGACUUACAGUCAUGCGUGCAUAAAAAAAUGUUUUUGUGUAUGGGUGGUCGAACCCACUACCUUGGCGUUACAAGCGCCGUGCUCUACCAGCUGAGCUACAAGGACCACAUUUCCACAUGCCAGCCACCAGAGAUGACAUCAGGUGCAUCUCAAAUGGAACCCUGUUCCCUAUAUAGUGCACUACUUUUCACUAGCAUUGCAAAAGCAUCACAAAUCAUUCUAUUUGGUUCAAAGCAAUCUCUUAGACCUAAACCUCAACUGGAGUUGUGCAUCAAAGGUGUGACCUUUGAAUAAGUUGAAGAAGUUGAACUUCUAGGAGUAACAUUGGAUAGUCAGUUAUCAUGGUCAAGUCAUAUUGACAAGGUUUUGAAGAUGGGGAGAGGUACAGUAUGUCUGUUCUAAAAAUAUGUGUUGUGUUUAUGACACAAAGAUCAACUGUACUAGUUCAGAUUCUGAUCUUGUCCCAUCUAGAUUACUGUCCGGUAAUAUAAUCAGGUGCAGCAAAGAAAGACCUAACAAAGCUGCUGCUGGCUCAAAACAAAGCAGCACGCCUUGCCCUUAACUACACACACAGAACUAACAUCAACAACAUGCAUGAUAGUCUUUCAUGGUUGAGGAGAAAUGGACUACUUCUCUCUUCUAGUCUUUUUUAAGAAACAUUUGUGUGUUGAAAAUACCUAACCACUUCUAUAAUCUAUUUGCAUACACUUCAAACACUGUCCGACAUACAUACUCCACCAGAUAGACCACUAUGGGUUUCUUCACGGUACCCAAACCAAAAACAGAUUGAAUGCUUGGCUCAGUUUUAUAUAGAGCCAUGUCGUUGUCGAAUGCUCUGCCACAUGAGGUUAUUCAGGCAAAAAACAAGUUUAUCUUUAAAAAACUGAUUUAAAAAACAUUAUCACAGCACCGCUCCUCUUUCUAAAGUUCUAAUGUAACUGUGUAUAUGAAAAGUGUGUAAAUAGUAUUUUUGUUGUCUUUUGGUGUCUUUCCAAUAUGUCCUUUAUGUCUAUAACUGUUCUGUACUUGGUCAUGUAUUUGUACAUUUAAUGUGGACCCCAGGAAGAGUAGCUGCUGCAUGUGCAGUAGCUAAUGGGGAUCCUAAUAAACUAAAGUUAACUUGGGCCCUAGAAAGGGGAUAGAGUGCCAUUUGGGGCCCAGCCAUGGCCUUCCUGCUAGUCAUUCAGGUCUAGAACUCUGUGGUCUCAGUACACCUUGGUGCAAGGGAUUUCUUCUGAUAGUUGAAGCUUUAGUAAGAGCCUAUAUCCUGUCAGGUAUCCUACCCACUACUGUAUACAGUCUAUGGCUCUGGCUUUACUGCUCUCUGUGUCAGUGCUGCUGAAUUCCAUUUACAGGAUUCUGACCUCAAGGUCGAGUGUGUGUGUGUGUGUGUGUGUGUGUGUGUGUGUGUGUGUGUGUGUGUGUGUGUGUGUGUCUGCGCGAGAGAGAGAUUCCCUGGGGGUGGGAUGUGACUCCAGGCUUGUAGUUGACCACAUCACACCGCUGCCGUGGAAACGGAUGCCACAUGGACAUGAGGGGGAGGAGCCAUCUGAGCGCGGCAACUCUAAUUUAACUCUGCAGAGAGAAGGGGAAAGAGAAAGGGAGCUAAAGAGAGAGUGGGGGGGAAAGAGAGGGGAGGAGGUAGGGAGUGUAUUAGAGGGAGAGGAAAGGGAGAGGAGGAGGUAGGGAGAGUGUAUUAGAGGGAGAGGAAAGGGAGAGGAGGAGGUAGGGAGUGUAUUAGAGGGAGAGGAAAGGGAGAAAAGAGAUAGGGAGAGGGAGCGAAAGUCCAAGAAGGAGAAAAUAGUGCGAAGGGGUAACGAGUUGGGUUAUUGCAGGCGAGGGACUGGUACAUCGGGGCUGUUGUAGGGACUCUCUAAUCUGAUCAGUGUGGGCUGGCUGGCUGGGGUGUGGCCUGCAGUGCUUUGUCAUUGAAGAGGGAGGGAUGACCAGGAGCCUGGUGCACACACACACACACACACACACACACACACACACACACACACACGUAUACAUAAACACACACACUCACAUUACAUAAACACACACACUCACAUUUACAUAAACACACACACUCACAUUUACAUACACACACACACACAUAUACACACACACUCACAUAUACACACUCACAUACACACACACACAGACACAUAUACACACACAUUCCGAUCACUGAUGCAGCCUCCGUGCUCACUACGUACCCUACUCCACCCAGAGCGAGAGAGCAGCACAGCGGGUACAGGAAGGGGACAGCUCAGGUGGGUCCUUCACUGCCAAGUGAGUGAGAGGAGAGGCUUCUAUUGGAAGAAGGGAAGGUAAGAGCCUGGGAUCUAGGAGGAGUAUGUGUAGCAUUAAGUGGACUUUGGCUGCGUAGGUCUCCACCACAGGGGUGAGUACACUGUAGCAGAUGACUGGAGAAUUACCUUCUAGCCUCUCGUUGACAGUAGUUGUAUGAGGAAUCGUAAAGAUAUUGAGUACAUUAGCAUGUUAUCUGUCGUUAGGCUUCUAGAGUGCAUUUAGCGAGCGGAGACUGACUGACUGUGGACUGUUGUUGAUGUGGCUUUAGCUGUACAGUAAUUAGAGGAUCAUUAACUCUGUGUAUAUCUGGGCUUUAGUCUAAUGACAGAAUCCCCAUGAUGUUAAUUUAACCAGCCACAUUGACUUGACGUAUAACAUUUGGACUGAACGACAGGCUUGCUGGGCUGGUUAAUUCAUUAACGGUUGUGGAUGUAGCGGGAAGCCUUAAUCCGCCGUUAAUGCUGUGGCCUGAUGUUAGAGAGGAUGACAUCUGGGUGGGAGGGGAGCGAGGGAGUGGAAGAAAGGGGGGCAAAGAGAAUAGAUGGGAGGACUUCAACUUUUGGGACAGUUCUGAUGGUUCUGGUGGAUUUCUUGCUAGUUCGACAUUGGGCCCCAUAUGUUUGUAAUGGGACCUCAUGCUUGCAUCCAAUAAUUCCAUUGCUUUGAACAGCAAUGGAAAUCAAAUGACACCGACUUAGUUCAAACACAGACUAUGAGGUUUGCGCGAUGUAUGAACGUUUGUUGUGAUUGAAAAGGCUUUUGACUGAUUUAAGUGGUUACACUGUUAUCCUGUAUCAGUGCCCUAUGGUCAAUUACACAGCUUUCAGUGAGGGGCUACGGUCACGUCUCCCUCAGGGCAGACAGUAUGGCUAUAUGUUUUGUCAUGGGGCAGCAUGUGAAAUUCGAAGGCCUUUUCUAUUGAACAGACAGCUCUCACACGCUGUAUGGCUCCCAGCCUGUCAUUGCAUGUCACCACUAACGUGGUUAGCUGGAUAUAAUUAAAAUGUAGCGCAAGGUUAUAUUUGGAUAAACGUCGUCUAGUCAUUCAUUUGCAGUGAUAAGGCCAAUGGAAGGGAAUUUCUGUCAUUCUGUUUACUGUCCCAGUCCUGGGAUGGCGGAGUGUGUAUACGUACAGCAUGUAGCUGUAGGAGACUGUGUGGUGUGUGGGCGUGUUUAUGUCUAAACUCCGAAAUUCACUCCCAGUAAUGAAAGUCCCUCCUGCUCUGCCUGGGGGACGUUCUGUUCCUGAUCUUAUUGACUCUCUGUCCCUCUCGCUCACUCUCAUGCUCUCUCUGUCCACCUGUCACGCAGGAGUGUUGCUGAGACGACCUUUGAACUGCAAGGGGACAUUCACAGUGGGACGGCCCUCCCCACCAGCAAGGUACAUUAACUACCCUGGUCCUCUGUGUCAUUGUGUGUCCAUAUACCCAUGGUGGCCCUUCCUCUUUAGUCUGCACUACUCAUGUGGUUUUUUAAUGUGAUUGCGGUCCAAGUGUUUAAUGUGUUGUUAAUGCCAUCAGCAUCAUUGUUGGGUUGCAGAACAUUCCAUCAAAUCACAUUUUAUUUCUCACAUGCGCCGAAUACAACAGGUGUAGACCUUAGAGUGAAAUGCUUACUUACAAGCCCUUAACCAACAAUGCAGUUUUAAGAAAAAUAAGUCUUAAUACCAUACUGUGUGUUGCUGUGUCAUUGCAGAGCUCAGGUAAGCUGGAUAUGGAGCGUUCAUCCAACGGCAGCGAGAGAGGCAUGGUCAAACCCAUGAUCCGCGGGGAGCAGCAGGACAGCAGGUGAGACACACACACACACACGCAAAUCUGGAAUCUCCAUUGUAGUCAAUUAAAUCCUAACAGUUAGGUUGACUGCUACUAGAGACAUCUAUGUCUUUUUUGUGGUGCUGCGUAGAGGGCAGUGGUACAGUAGCUAACGUCAUAACUCUGUCACGCUCCGGCUGUUGGACACCCGAUCUCCAUCUAGGCCUUGUGAACCAGGCACAGCUCUAUUCUCCUCACUGAGCUGUACUGGGUCCCCUCAUCAAUAAUACAGACCACUGAGCUUGGUACACACACACAAUGUUCAUACAUGCUGUACACACACACACACAUAAGGCUGCUCAUUCUGACGCAUAGGGAAGCUCAUGCUCUCACAAACAACUACGGACACACACCACACACACAUCUACGGACACACACACAUCCAGAGCAGAUUGAGCCAUGCUGUACCGCUGUGCGUGGGCUCUGCCCCUGGAGAGGUGGGUGUCGGUGGACAGUGGGAUGAACGGGCCCUUCGUGUACUGGUUCACUGAGAAGCACCACGUCUGUCCUCCCCACAGGUCCCAGGACAUCCUGAGCCCAGAACUGACGCUGCCAGCCAGCAUUGAGUUCAGGGACAACUGUGAGUACUGCAACCACCUUUUCUACUGGAGCUGAGUACUGGCGCUCUCUUUCUUUCUCACUUUUUCUUUCUGGCUUUUUCCUCUUUCUCUCUCUUUCUUUCCCUUUUGUACCUUUCUCUUCCCAUUUCUCUCUUUCUGAUACUUGUUGUUUAGUAAAAGUAAUGAUAACAUAACUCGAUAUGGGCCUUCCACACCAUCUGUGUGAUGCUUUCAGUGUCUAUUUUUAGCUGGAGGUCAUGCCAUAGUACACUUAGCUAUUGUCUGAAAGAUCGAUGGGUGGAAAGUAUGGAUUCAUUGUCUGCUGCUGCUAACUGGCUUUUAAUGUUUUAUUGAACACGGUCAUGUUAACAUUGAGUGAAAUGGUAUUAUGUAAAACUACACACAUUGUUAGACCUUAGUACCAUAGAGGUCAUAUUUGUAUGAAUGUCUACAUGCAUUAGUCAAGCUGUGACAACAACUGCUGUGGUCUCUGAAUGCCAUAAGACACUUCCUCGUCUUAUGGCAUACAGAAAUGUAGUGCGCUGCCAACCCACAGCUCUCUGCGUCCUCCCCCAACAGGGAAUUGUCUCUCUCUCGCUCUCUCUCUAUCUUGCUUGCUCUCUCUAGCUCUCUCUCUAGCGCGCUCUCUAGCUCUCUCUAGCUCUCUCUCUCUAGCUCUCUCUCUCUAGCUCUCUCUAGCUCUCUCUCUCUAGCUCUCUCUCUCUAGCUCGCUCUAGCUCUCUCUUUAGCUAGCUCUCGCUCUCUCUAGCUAGCUCUAGCUCUCUCCUCUUUCGAUCCUUCCUCCUAUUCUAAUCAAUAGGGAGCAUAACCCAACAGUUUACUCUGAAUGACAUGUAAUGGUUCUCCCAUGUGCUGCUACUUCAUGUGAGAUGGGCUUUCUCGCCCCCCUUGGGCAUAGCUUUGUUAAUUUAAGCCAUUUUAACUGCCUUUCAAGCUCUUUUAUAUGCCUAACAUUGUUUGUGGACUCUGCAGUCUUGGGCCCGGCUCAGUCAGUCACUGUAUAUUUUGAGUUUUGUGAGCUCAUGUGUUUGGCCAGGGAGCAGAGAGAGCAGAGGCCUUUGAUUUCCAAUAGAGGGGGUUUGCUCUCACAAUGCUCUACAAACAACCCUUGCUGGGGAACCAGGAAGACAGGGUUGGGGACAAUGUUAUCACAAAGCCCAUCUGAGUCCCUACUGUAACAAGCACACACACUGAGACUCCUGGGUGAACCUAUAGCUAGUUAGUUUCUUUAAAGCCGUACUGAUAUGACCUGUGUGACCUAUGUCAUGUAAACUCACACCUUAUCCUCUCCUUUGUGUGUCUCUGCCUAUCUGUGUGUCUGCUCGUGUGCAUGUCACCCUCCUUGCCCCCUCCAGCCGAAGAUGCCUUUCUGUCGGCCAUCAUCAACUACACCAACAGCUCCACGGUGCACUUCAAGCUGUCCCCCACCUACGUGCUGUACAUGACCUGUCGAUAUGUCAUGUCCAGCCACUACCGGCCCGACAUCAGUCCCUCGGAACGCACUCACAAGGUCAUAGCCAUAGUCAACAAGAUGGUGAGCAUGAUGGAAGGAGUCAUCCAGGUGAGUCCUCACUGCCACCGUACUUUCUUUUUUUUCUCCUCUUUUGAAUCAGCAGGACAUCCAAGGGUUAAGGCCAGGGCUUGGAAGCAUAUAUGACCACCUUAUGUCCUGUCAGCCAGAUGCCUGAGGAAAGGCCACCCUGACAAAAACCUUUGUUCUCUAACCUUUUGUUAUUUUUCUUUUGAUUUGCUUCAUUCCACGACCUUCUAGAAACAGAGUGCCCAGGACCAAAACAAAACCCCAAAGAAAAUCUCAGUAUAGCUGAGUAGGUAGUCGUCCAAGCAUCCGUAGUAGUAGUAACAGCAGUAGUAGUAGUAGUUUGUCUUGCAGAGAAAUAUUUUGCUUUAUUCAUCCAGGUCAUUUCCAGAGAAUACUUUGUAUAGAUGCGAAGCCCAUGUUAUGUGUUUGUCUGUCCAGCGUCUUUGUGUCCCCCUCGUAAUGAUUUAAACAAGGCAUGACCCUUUAAAUUAAUUCACUGGAACACACUGAAAUAUAGGGUCCUUGUGUUCCAAAAGCCCUCUCAGCCAACACAUAAAACCCAAAUGCGUAGCAGUAACACCCAUACUCUGAGACACCAACCCUGGAGUUGUGUGAAAAACCAAAAUGGCCAAAAUAGUAAAAAAAACUAAACACAGUAGAGUUUGACUGACUCCACAUAGCUUCCUCUGAGAUGGAGGGAGUUAAGAUGUGUGGUUGGUCUGGUCAGUCCUUAUGGGAUUCCUCAUCCUGUCUCUAUAUACAACCCUAAAGACACAGUCUCAACUUACAUGCAGAGUGUAGUCUGUUAUUAAUAGAUUAUUAUCUGUCUACACACGAACAGUGUCUGAGACACACACCAAGAGCAUUAGGGAAAUCUCCACAUGUCUGCGCUGCUCUGCAUGAGUCUUACAGGAAUCAGUCAUUAAAUCCAUUUAAAGGUGGUUUUCAUCCGGAUGAUUUUGGAAAUCCAAGUCUUAAGCCUCCAUGAGAGACAUUGGAUAUUUAGGCUGUGUUUCUUAAAUCAUAAAAUUGGCACAAAGUCUCUGCCUCCUACAGGAAUACUUAAUUUUGGGUACAUGCAAAAGUAUAUGCUGCCAGUUGAAUAUGUGCAAUUUUUAACUACAAACACCCAUAACUUUUGAUCAAAGGAGUUAAUUUAAUCAAAAGAGCUCCUCUAGACGCCUUUUGUAAACGGAACAUCCUAAAUUAUAGAGAAGGUUGUUGUAACGUCUCUUUGACUCAAAGGGACUAGUGUGUGUGUGUGUGUGUGUACUGUGUGUUUUGUUGACAUGUCUGUGUCAAUCUCUGUCCAUGCCUUGGCUGUUGUUGAUAGUCUCUCUCUGUCCUGUGGGAUGUCUGUCUGUCUGUUUCCCCUCUCACCUCUCUGUUACAGGAGAUUCCUGAAGGGGACCAGGUAGGACACCUAACACGUUGCUAGGGGAGAGAACUCUCUCUCUCUCUCUCUCUUUUAUCUCUCUCACGCCGUCUCUCCCUCUAUCGGCUCAGUCAAGCUUUGCUCAGUCCUCCAUGCUUCUUUUCUCCAUAACAGAAACCCCCAAAAACCCUCAACCAAACCAAACCGCCAAAUAAUCCCUCCUCCUACAGCUGGACUCUAAAACACCAACAUAAUAACCCUCAUUCAGCAACUUGGAACAUGUGGUACUAAAAACAACCCCAACCAAUCUCUCUGAUUGUGGAACCAUUUUAAUUAAUUCAUGUAAUGUGACCUGCUUUACUGCGCUUCAGUGUGGAUGAGAGACAAACCCCGCUGUUCUUUUGCUUUUGUUGAAUUUUUCCCUUUAAAUUUUUUAUUUUAUAUCUGUGGUUUAACGUCGUUGUUCUUUUGGACGCGUUCUGUUCUGUGGCCGUUCUGAAAGGGGGGUGUUGUCGUUUCGUGGCGGGGAUAGACGAGUGCGGAAUACACAGGGGCCAGUGCCGGCCGAGACACGUUGGGCGGACCUUGUGUAUCCCUUUUUCUUUGUGUCAAGGGGACAUUGACAUUAACUCAUCACACAGACCAGACACUGGGCUCUAAAGCACUAUCUGCCGCCUCAUAGUUUUCUCUUGAUCAUCUCUGCUAAAUGUUAGAGGUGUUCAAGACCAGCUUUAUAGGGUAAAAUACAGUGCCUUCAGAAAGUAUUCAUAACACUUGUCUUAGUCCACAUUAUGUUGUUACAGCCUGAAUUCAAAAUGGAUUAAACAUAUUUAUUUUCUCACCCAUCUACACACAAUACCCCAUAAUGACAAAGUGAAAACAUGUUUUUAGAAAUCUUUGCAAAUGUAUUGAAAAUGAAAUACAAAAAUAUCACAUUUACAUAAGUAUUCACACCGCUGAGUCAAUACAUAUUAGAAUUACCUUUGGCAGCGAUUACAGCUGUGAGUCUUUCUGGGUAUGUCUCGAAGAGCUUUGCACACCUGGAUUGUCCAAUAUUUGCACAUUACUUAAAAUACAAUUCUUCAAGCUCUGUCAAGUUGGUUGUUGAUCAUUGCUAGACAGACAUCUUCAAGUCUUGCCAUACAGUUUCAGGUGAUUUUAAGAAAAAACUAACUAUGCUACUCAGGAACUUUCAAUGUCAUCUUGGUAAGCAACUCCAGAGUAUAUUUGGCCUUAUGUUUUAGCUUAUUGUCUGUUGAAAAGCAGAGGUUUUCCUCUAGGAUUUUGCCUAUGCUUAGCUCUAUUCUCUUUCUUUUAUCCUAAAAAAACUCCCUCGGCCUUGCCGAUGAUGAGCAUACACAUAACAUGAUGCAGCCACCACCAUGCUCGAAAAUAUGAAGAGUGGUACUCAGAGAUGUGUUGGAUUUGCCCUAAACAUAACACUUUAUAUUCAAGACAGUUUUACUUUAGUGCCUUAUUGCAAACAGGAUGCAUGUUUUUAAAAUAUUUUUAUUCUGAACAAGCUUCCUUCUUUUCACUCUGUCAUUUAGGUUAGUAUUGUGGAGUAACUACAAUGUUGUUGAUCCAUCCUCAGUUUUCUCCUAUCACAGCCAUUAAACUCAGUAACUGUUUUAAAGUCACCAUUGGCCUCAUGGUGAAAUCCCUGAGCGGUUUCCUUCCUCUCCGGCAACUGAGUUAAGAAGGGCGCCUGGAUCUUUGUAGUGACUGGGUGUAUUGAUACACCAUCCAAAGUGUAACUAAUAACUUCACCAUGCUCAAAGGGAUAUUCAAUGUCUGCUUUUAUUUUAAUUUAUUUUACCCAUUUACCAAUAGGUGCCCUUCUUUGCCAGGCAUUGGAAAACCUCCCUGGUGUUUGUGGUUGAAUCUGUUUGAAAUUCACUGCUCGACUGAGGGACCUUACAGAUAAUUGUAUGUGUUGGGUACAAAGAUGAGGCAGUCAUUCAAAAAUCAUGUUAAACAUUAUUAUUGCACACCGAGUGAGUCCAUGCAACUUAUUAUGUGACUUAUUAAGCACAUAUUUACUCCUGAAUUUAUUUAGGCUCGCCAUAACAAAGGGGUUGAAUACUUACUGACUCAAGAACAUUUCAGCUUUUCAUUUUUAAUUAGUUUGUAAAAAUGUCUAUAAACAUUGACAUAUAAGGGUUAUUGUGUGUAGGCCAGUGACACAAAAUCUCAAUUUAAUCCAUUUUAAAUUCCGGCUGUAACACAACAAAAUGUGGAAAAAGUUAAGGGGAUAUGAAUACUUUCUGAAGGUACUGUACAUGAGGACUGAACUGAAUGUCCAUCCCAGAAAAAUAUUGUUUGUGUACUAGUUGAUGUAGAAUAUUUGGGCCAGUGCAGAGAUGGCUGCUGCUAGAGUAGAGGACCGGCAGAGAACCACUCCACACAGAAGCUAACUAGAAAAGAGAAGUUGAAGGAAAUUCUCUCUAUACACUGUUCUAAGGUCAGUUUCUCCCUAAAUGGUUACGGUUAGGAUUGGGGAGGGUAAACUGAUCUUAGAUCUGUGCUUAUUACAUGGGACUUCUACCUGGAGCGGUACAAGAACUGCCACUGUAAUAUGCCAAACAGCCUGUUAAUCCAGUAGCCUACUCUGCAAAGGGCCCUCCCUCAAACUGACCUUGAAGUCAGGGACCUGUUCGCUCUGGGAGAGGCUGUAGUUAGGGGCCAGUGUCUGGUUCUGUGGGUCUCGGAUUGGGGUGGGGUAGGGUGUCUGACACAAGUCUAUCCCUGGAGUGCUGCUACUGCUCAUGGCUGUGAGUCUGAGAGAGUCACCCCCCUGUGUGUGUCCUACCCUGCCUCUGACCCCUGCUCUCUCUCUUGCUCUUUCUCUCUCUGUCUGUCCUGCUCUGUGAUUGGUGUAUUCCAGAAGCAGAAGAACAUCGCGGGGGCCCUGGCCUUCUGGAUGGCCAAUGCCUCAGAGCUGCUCAACUUCAUCAAACAGGACAAGGACCUGUCGCGCAUCACACUGGAUGCCCAGGACGUGCUGGCACACCUUGUCCAGAUGGCCUUCAAGUGAGUGACCCGACUUCCUCCCUACGCUCUGGCCCCGGUCUCUUUCCUAACCCUGGGCCUCUCUAGUUUGGUGCUCCUGUCGAACGUUUAAACUGCCUCUGCCCUGUCUCUGCUCCUGCCCCAUUGUGUACUCCUACCCUGUUAAUAUCUUGCCUCUUUUCCUGUCCUAGUCAAAGCUGCCCUGUCAUUAUACCCUCCCUUCUUACCACUCCCUAUAGCUCUAUGAUUCUUGUUCCUGUCCCUCUUCCGAUCCUUUCCUUGUCCUCACUAUCCCGUCCAUGACCUAAACACAAGGCUUUAGGUUAUCCUGCUCCCAGCUGUGUCUGUGUGCCAAGCGGUGCAGCAGCUCCACACUGUGUGAAAGCCAUCAGGGCUAACUCAAACCACAUGUGAACCACAGGAAACUAUCACAUUCAUGGUAAUGAGAUAAUUGGGAAAUGAUUAAGGAAAUUAUAGAUCCAAAUGUGACCUUCACUGCCACUGCUGAUUCUCCUGAGAGAGAAAUCAAAAUAUAGGUGUUUGCUGCCCAUGGAAAAAAAAGGCCCUUGUUCUCAAUGUUGUAGCUAGCGCUUAGCUGUCCGUGCCAACUUCUGCUUGAGCUCAACUGUGAGCUGUGUUUUUAACUAGCAUUUUAUCAAUGUCACAAUGUUAUAUUGAAUGUUGCAAUAGACACAGGGGGUUACGCAAGAUAAUGGUCUUGCUUCAUCUCAGACCAUGUACGGAUCUGGAGAAAGUAGUAUUUCUGGAGCCAUUGUGUGGAUACAGGAGCAGGAAGGGGAGCAGUGAAUGUGUGGAAUGUCCUGGGCCUGGCUUGUGUUGGCCGGGCUGGAUGGGCCUGGGGAGAGGUCUCAGUAAAAACACAGUGGUUUCAGACGGCUCUCUCAGUCCCCCGUUCCCCCUGCUCUGCUUGCCACUCCCUGGAAUGGCCAGCUGAAAGAACUGGUGCUUUGUGUCCCCAGAGUAGAUCAGAGCGGUGGCCGAGCCGGCCAGACCGCUGGUUUACUGUGGGAUUCCAGGAGAAGUCCCCUUAGGGCCACAGAGCAGGGGGAGUGUGUGUGUCUGCAUUCGUGUCUGUCUUUGUGUUUGUGUGUUUCUCUCAGUGCAAUUGAACAUGUGUGAGGUUGGGUUUGCGUAGGUGGCCGUAUAUGCAUUGUAUGUGUCUUUGUGAGUCCAUAUCCAUGUGGACUAUUCAGAACCUAUGUACUGUAUGUUGUUGUCUCAGGUACCUGGUCCAGUGUCUGCAGUCUGACCUUAAUAACUACAUGCCUGCCUUUCUGGAUGACCCAGAGGAACAGAACCCUCAGAGGCCCAAAAUAGGUGACUCACUUCUGUUCAUACGCUAAAACUCUUACUGUGUACAUAAACUACUGUCAGCCAGGCCACAGGGUACUGUUACCAGUGUAUUUACAGCCACACAGAAUGUCACUCAACUUGGUUUUGAAGACUGAGCCCUCUAGUGGGGAUAAACUGUAUAAAUCAACUGAAACGUUGGUAGAAUUUCUACUCCUUCUUACUUUUCCCUAUGGACUUUAAUGGGAUUAGACCCAAGGGUCAAUGGUGACUUCACUAGUCCUAACGCUGUCCUCCUCCCCCCAUUCCUUAUCCUCCUCCACUGUCCUCUCACAGAGGACGUUCUGCACACCCUGACGGGCGCCAUGUCGCUGCUGCGGCGUUGCCGUGUCAACGCGGCACUGACCAUCCAGCUGUUCUCCCAGCUCUUCCACUUCAUCAACAUGUGGCUGUUCAACAAGCUGGUGACGGAGGCCGACUCUGGACUGUGUUCACACUACUGGGGCGCCAUCCUCCGCCAGCAGCUCAGCCACAUCGAGGCCUGGGCAGAGAAACAGGGCCUGGAGCUGGCCGCCGACUGCCACCUCAGUCGGAUCGUACAGGUAGGGUACACCUACCAUUGUCCAGGAAGGCACAUCCUGUUAGGGCUGUUAGCUACCCACUGUUUUCCAUACCAUGACUUACUGUAGGCAGGGCAGGCCCUUUCACCUCGAAAGAUUACUUGUCAAAUGGUUUCUAUUGAAAACAUGUCAGCAGCUUUGGAUGAUGCUUUAGGAGCCUUUGUGACCUACCUUGUAGGGGAAAGCAUUUAGUAUGGACCACAGGUCACUGUAAAUCGAGUCCUUCUCUGUCAUUAAUAGUUCUCUGUUCUGUUGUUCCUCCCCAGGCUACGACUCUCCUCACCAUGGACAAGUACUCCAUGCAGGAUGUGCAGAACAUCCACAACACCUGCUUCAAGCUGAACUCCCUGCAGCUCAACGCCCUCAUGACCAACUACCACUGUGCUCCUGAUGAGCCUUACAUCCCCCCCGUAAGACAUGACGACAAACUGCUCCAUUCACAUAGUACAGUUACAGUGAGUGACUAUGAAUGAGUGAUUCUGAAGUGGAGAAAUAGGGGGUUGCGAUUUGAAGCAUUGCUUAACACAAGUCUCCUCCCGUAGUUGUAAUGCGUUGGAGUUUGUCCUGUACGUUUUGGGGAAACAUUAGCUAAGCUCUUCACUUGACUGAUCUUCUUAGCUAUUUUUUCCAGUUGCAGUUGCUGCCUCUACAUGGAGGGUUUUUGAGGAAACAGUCAGAGGACUAUUAGACACUUAUACUUCUGCUCGAACUAAACCCUCAUUGGUCUAUCUCGUGUCUCUAACUAAACCCUCAUUGGUCCAUCUGGUAUCUCUAACUAGACCCUUAUUGGUCUAUCUGGUGUCUCUCCCAAUAGGACCUGAUAGACCACGUGGUUGCCGUGGCGGAGAACACGGCAGAUGAGCUGGCCCGUAGCGACGGCCGAGAGGUCCAGCUGGAGGAGGACCCCGACCUGCAGCUGCCCUUCCUACUGCCCGAGGACGGCUACUCCUGCGACGUUGUGCGCAACAUUCCCAAUGGAUUCCAGGAGUUCCUGGACCCCCUUUGUCAGAGAGGUACUUGUGUAGAAGAGAGAAAAAAACAUUAAUGAGUUACAUUCCGGAAUGUCACACAGGUUGUGUUCUGUCAUUGUGAGCCAAUCAGAGGCUGAGCUGACCCGUGUUUGUUCUGUUGGCAGUGGAAUGUAGAAUGUAAGAAGAGUCUGGGAGACUGGAGAGCUGUUUGCUCCUGUCCUUAUCAUUGUGUUUGCUUAUGCGAGAGAGGGAGGUGUAUUCCAAGAGCAGUUUGUGCUUCCGUGUCACUGUAAUCCCAGAUCUGUACUAAGUAGUAGUAGAAGAAGAAGAUAACUGUGUGAUUUUCUGUUGUGUCCUGUGCAGGAUUCUGUCGACUAACCCCUCACCCGCGCUCCCCUGGGACCUGGACCAUCCACUUUGAAGGAGCCGACUGCGACAGCCACUUCUCUGCAGAAAACUCAGACGUGGUAGGUGUCCCUCUGACCGUUACAACUGUAGAACUAUGCAAGGCGAAGACCAUUACAUUGAGCUGCAUGGUAAUGCGGAGUAUUGGCUAGUACUCAUGACGCAGACUGUCCUUGUACAAUAGCCACCAUAGUACUAAGUAACAGAUAAGCACAGCUACUUUGAGCUGUUUAUGAUACUUAAAUAUGUUUCAGUUACUCAUCAUGUAUGCUUUGUGACAAUGUUUUGGCACGGCUCAUGCUGUAUGUAACGAUCGUAUGAACAGCCUUUAAUGUCCCAUAUUGCAGUCAUGUAAUCACUGUUCUGCUCUACUCUACUUUACCCUAACACACACACACACACAGACAUACUCCCUCCUGCUCAAUUUCAAUCAACACCAUUUACACCACAGAGGCCAAUUAUUGACCGGAGGGCUCUGGAACAGCAGCAAAUUAUACCCUUUUCCUCACCCUAAUCACACAAAAGCCCCUAUAUUGCACUGCUUCCUGUAUAAUUGCCCUGUUUUUCCCCAGCUCUCCUUUUUCAUGCUUCAAACCCCAGGUCAGCUCAGGGCGGGCGUCAGCCCCAGCCCCCACAGUAUUAAAGGGAUUAGGGAGAGGGUAGGGAGUGAGGGGAGGAGGGCAUCCAAACCGUUUAAACACUGCUGAGGUUCUGAUUAAUGGCCUCUUGGUUGUGUGCCAGGCAGGGUGACCCCGGCACCCCACCUCAUGUUACCACCGGCUUGCGCCAGAAUCACUACUGUAGUGUUCCAUAGUGUUUUCCUGUUAACAGCCAUUACAGGGUUAAUCAGACACACAGAGACAGACAGGGGAUCCCUGAGGAGAAGAACAAUCGGGUGUAUUCAUUCGUCGGAUUCCGUUUCAAAACGUUUUGUCGGUUGCAAAAAGUUUGGCAGCAGAAACUGUUUACUCCAAAUGGAAAAUGUUUUUCAACGAAAACGAGAGUUUCUAUUGGACACUUUUAGGUAGCUCCCUCCCCAUUUCGUUCUGUUUGUUUCAAUUUGAUUCCUGGAGUAAAUGGUCUCCGUUGCAAAACGUUUUGCAAUGGAAUUCGACUAAUGUAUACACCCCAGGUGUCUGUAGGUUUCCCUGGUCACUAGUACAGACAGGAGGUGUAACUGUAGCUAGCCUAGUGCAGUCUGUAGCUAGCCUAGUGAAACUCUCUCUCUCUCUCUCCUCUACGGAGAACCUCCGCAAAGAGAGAGACGCGAGGCUAGAGGAAGGCUCAAAGGAGCGGACGCGCGCGCGGACGCGAGAGCAUAAGAGACUAGAGAGAGCUAGAGAGAGAGGAGCAAUAGCUGAGAGUCGCGAGUCGCUCGAAGAAGGUAUCGCUCUGAGAGAAUAUCUAUCUCGUCAGAGAUCAGCUGAUGGCUAGCUCCGAUAGCUCUCUAUCUCUAGAUAGCGAUCCUCCUCUCUCUGAUCUCCAUCUCUCUCUCGUUCUCUUCUCUAUCUCUCUCUCUAUCUCUCUCGCAUAGAUCGAUCUCUGCUUUCUUCUCUUUGCUCUCUCUCGCCUCUCUCUCUCUCUCUCUCUCUAUAUCUCUCUCUUCUCUAGUUAAGAGAGAGAGAAUUGCUAUUGUCUGAAUGAAUGCAUUGUUUACUCAUUGUAGCCAGCUGAACCCUGCAUCACCAUUGCCCUGCCCUCUAGCACUUGGUGAAUCACUCCAAUGGCAUUCAGAAAUACUUGUUCUGCACCACAUCAGAUGAGAAAUGCCACCACAGCCCUGUUACUUAUUGUGGCUUUGUAUCCAUUCUCUCUUUCUCUCUCUUUCUCUUCAUCUCUGAACUAUGUGGUAGUACAGCAAAGCUUUUCAGCUGAGUGAAGAGUUGUUUGGGGCUGUUGAGUGUCAAUGUGUUCAGUGCCAUAGGGAGGAGAGGCUGUCUGUCUGUGUGCCUCUUUGUGUGGGAAGCACUGCUCUCUCGCUUUCACUCCCUCUUCCUCCCUCUCCCCACCCUGUUUCCAGGCAGCCCUCCUUUUAAAUGAGCCCAUUGAGAGCCUCUGGAGCCAAGUGCAUAUGGCUUUCAUUCUUGACUCCUCUCCAGCACCCGCCAUUUCUCGUUGCGGUCACCCCAACCCAGCUCUCUCUCUGUAUGACUGCUCUGCUCUAUUCCCCUGCUUCCUCCUCCUGCGCCUCAUUUUGCCAGAGGAGCGUCCCAGAGAGAGAGCUCCCAGCUCUGAGAGCCUUUUAGAAGCCUGACUGACCUGCUCACCGGAUCCCACCACUGACACCAACUGCACUCCAGCUACUCCAGUUGAUAGUUUUUUCCGACGCUAACGCUGCUGUCUCCUCUCGUUGCAGCAAAUGCGGAAGGAACCGGAAGUUGUGACGGUCACCCUGAAGAAGCACAAAGGCAUGGGCCUCAGCAUUGUGGCUGCCAAGGUAAGACAUCUCUUAAUCCUGUCCUUUUAGUAUUUAAGCUAAAAGGUUUUUGUCGAUACCCACUAGUACUCCUGGAAGAGGUUUGUGACCUCCUGGAAGAGGUUUGUGACCUCCUGGAAGAGGUUUGUGACCUCCUGGCUGGAAGGGAAGUGCUAUCUGAACGAUGAGAAAUACAGAGACUCUACAGAAACAAGCCAGAAACAUUGA